AUGGAGGGAGAGGAGACGGAGAAGGAAGUGAAGGCUGCGUCUCCCAAGAAGGAGUUGAAGGACGAGAAGGAGGAGGAAGAGAAGGGAGAGGACCUAAAAGACGAGGAAGACAAAGAACCGAAAGAGGAGAAAAUGGAGGUCAACGGCGAUGCUGACGGAGAGACUUCCAAGGACGCCGAACCAGAGAAAGAAGACACUCCCAAUGAGGACAUCAGGGACCAGGACAAGAAGCCGGAAUUCCAGGAGAAACCGGAGUCUUCCAAAGCAUCGGAAGACCAGGAAACCAAGAAGGAAGAGAUGGCGGGAAAGCAGAAAGAAGGGAGCCCAGCCAAGUCUCCCAAAUCUCCCAAACCAGUGGCUGAGAAAGGGCCCGAAGAGGAGGAUGAGGAGAAGAUGGAGGAAGAUGACAAGUCUGAGAAGUCCUCUCAAGCUGACGGUAUAUCCUACUCUCAACUCCUUUGCUGAAAUACAUUUUCACAAGGAACAUUUUAAUUUUAGGGUGUGAAUUCAUGCAAACCAUCAACAGUGAGUCUGUGUAGAAGUCUACAAUAGACAGUUGGGCCAUGCAAGUGCAUGACUCAUGACUACUCCUUUAUGUUGAAGCCAGCCACAACACAGUAAGUGGCUGUGUGUAGUUGGUCUGCUUUAGCUGGCAUUUAGAAACGACUAUAUGUCUGUGUAUAGUCUAUUUAAGCUUGCUGCUUAGGGUUGAAUUGAAGACUCACUGUAUGACCCUUCUAGUAUUCUGCUGUUGCUAAUUUUGAGAAAGCACUACAUGAAGCCAUUUGUAGAUUCUCUUGUGGCUGCUAUUGACAAAGCGCUGUUGUCAUUUUUCAGCGGGUGCCACCUCCGAGCAGAAGAACUUUGACGAGGAGAGCAAUGCCUCACUGAGCACCACGGCCAGAGACGAGACCCGCGAUGGGUUCUGCCCCGAGGAUGGAGAACCCUCAGCCAUCCAGAGAACCUUCUCCUUCUCCUUCUGGCCAAAGGUUUGUAGAAGAAAGAUGUACAUUCAUUCACAUACAGUGGGGAGAACAAGUAUUUGAUACGCUGCCGAUUUUGCAGGUUUUCCUACUUACAAAGCAUGUAGAGGUCUGUAAUUUUUAUCAUAUGUACACUUCAACUGUGAGAGACGUAAUCUAAAACAAAAAUCCAGAAAAUCACAUUGUAUGAUUUUUAAGUAAUUAAUUUGCAUUUUAUUGCAUGACAUAAGUAUUUGAUACAUCAGAAAAGCAGAACUUAAUAUUUGGUACAGAAACCUUUGUUUGCAAUUACAGAGAUCAUAAGUUUCCUGUAGGUCUUGACCAGGUUUGCACACACUGCAGCAGGGAUUUUGGCCCACUCCUCCAUACAGACCUUCUCCAGAUCCAUCAGGUUUCGGGACUGUCGCUGGGCAAUACGGACUUUCAGCUCCCUCCAAAGAUUUCCUAUUGGGUUCAGGUCUGGAGACUGGCUAGGCCACUCCAGGACCUUGAGAUGCUUCUUACGGAGCCACUCCUUAGUUUCCCUGGCUGUGUGUUUCGGGUUGUUGUCAUGCUGGAAGACCCAGCCACGACCCAUCUUCAACGCUCUUACUGAGGGAAGGAGGUUGUUGGCCAAGAUCUCGCGAUACAUGGCCCCAUCCAUCCUCCCCUCAAUACGGUGCAGUCGUCCUGUCCCCUUUGCAGAAAAGCAUCCCCAAAGAAUGAUGUUUCCACCUCCAUGCUUCAUGGUUGGGAUGGUGUUCUUGGGGUUGUACUCAUCCUUCUUCUUCCUCCAAACACGGCGAGUGGAGUUUAGACCAAAAAGCUCUAUUUUUGUCUCAUCAGACCACAUGACCUUCUCCCAUUCCUCCUCUGGAUCAUCCAGAUGGUCAUUGGCAAACUUCAGACGGGCCUGGGCAUGCGCUGGCUUGAGCAGGGGGACCUUGCGUGUGCUGCAGGAUUUUAAUCCAUGACGGCGUAGUGUGUUACUAAUGGUUUUCUUUGAGACUGUGGUCCUAGCUCUCUUCAGGUCAUUGACCAGGUCCUGCCGUGUAGUUCUGGGCUGAUCCCUCACCUUCCUCAUGAUCAUUGAUGCCCCACGAGGUGAGAUCUUGCAUGGAGCCCCAGACCGAGGGUGAUUGACAGUCAUCUUGUACUUCUUCCAUUUUCUAAUAAUUGCGCCAACAGUUGUUGCCUUCUCACCAAGCUGCUUGCCUAUUGUCCUGUAGCCCAUCCCAGCCUUGUGCAGGUCUACAAUUUUAUCCCUGACGUCCUUACACAGCUCUCUGGUCUUGGCCAUUGUGGAGAGGUUGGAGUCUGUUUGAUUGAGUGUGUGGACAGGUGUUUUUAUACAGGUAACGAGUUCAAACAGGUGCAGUUAAUUACAGGUAAUGAGUGGAGAACAGGAGGGCUUCUUAAAGAAAAACUAACAGGUCUGUGAGAGCCGGAAUUCUUACUGGUUGGUAGGUGAUCAAAUACUUAUGUCAUGCAAUAAAACGCAAAUUAAUUACUUAAAAAUCAUACAAUGUGAUUUUCUGGAUUUUUGUUUUACAUUCUGUCUCUCACAGUUGAAGUGUACCUAUGAUAAAAAUUACAGACCUCUACAUGCUUUGUAAGUAGGAAAACCUGCAAAAUUGUCAGUGUAUCAAAUACUUGUUCUCCCCACAGUAUACAUACUCAUAUUCAUUCAUGUAGUGGUGAAAUAUAUACUGAAAAAAAAUAUAAACGCAACAUGUAAAGUGUUGGUCCCAUAUUUCAUGAGCUGAAAUAAAAGAUCCCAGAAAUGUUCCAUACACACAAAAAGCUUAUCUUAAAUGUUGUGCACAAAUUGAUUUACAUCCCUGUUAGUGAUCAUUUCUCAUUUGGCAAGAUAAUCCAUCCAUAUCAAGAAGCUGAUUUUAAACAGCAUGAUCAUUACACAGGUGCACCUUGUGCUGGGGACAAUAAAAGGCCACUCUAAAAUGUGCAGUUUUGUCACACAACACAAUGACACAGAUGUCUCAUGUUUUGAGGGAGCGUGCAAUUGGCAUGCUGACUGCAGGAAUGUCCACCAGAGCUGUUGCCAGUCUAUGCUACAGUAAUGCGCAUCUAAUUUACCCGUCUCCAUCUGGUUUUCGGGGUCACCUUGUUUUUUUAAUUGGAAAGAUUAUAAUUUUUUUAAUUGCAGCUGCAGAGUUUUAAAAAAGCCUAUCACUCGAAUAUCAUUGAUUUAAAUCAGUGCACACACGAGUACUACUGCAGUCUCUCUCUCUCUCUCCAUCAACUCCAAAUAGAAAAUCCUGUUCUAUAUAUAGGGCUAUAUAUCAAUCUAGAUGUCCUAGCCUACCUCUUUCAAAUCAAAUUGUAUUUGUCACAUGCCCUGAAUAUAACAGUGAAAAGCUUACUUACAAGCCCUUAACCAACAAUGCAGUUUUAAGUAAAGAGUUAAUUCAAUAUUUACUAAAUAAACAAAAGUAAAAAAUUAACUAUUAUAAGAAUUCAGGUAAUAAAUUCAAUGUAGUAUUAGCCGUAUAUUUAGGUAAUUAAUUAUGGUUAUGCGUAAUAAGCUUCUAAUUUAUAGCCUCAGUCUCUUGCGCAACAGGAAAAGCUGAACUAGAAUAGCUUGCUUGACAUUAUUUUUUUUUAGCAUUUCUUAUACCAAUAGACUAUUCGAAGAGGAACGCAAGCUCUUUUUUGCUGAAUGUUAAAUACAGCGGCCAAUAGAACUCACGGGUAGUUUGAAAGAAGAGCGAAUGCGCGAUGGCGGUAGGCUAUAGCAGUUAUUUAUUCAGACCCAUAACGUUCAAUCUUCAUGAAGAGAAUUCAAAGCGUUCUGCAUCUAGUCCAAUAUUAUUCAAGGAUGACAUUAGAGUGAUUAAAGAUAAGGACAACAAAACGUAUUUCUUAGAACUGUUGAAAGCGGGGAAGGAAUGAAGUAACACUAGAGAGAGAAAGAGGAGGUAGGCUAAUAACAUUAGGGGAAAUAUUAUGAAAGGUAUAUAUGCGUCAGCCUACUAAUUAUACAAAUAGGUCCUAUUAUAUGUAAAUCAAAUUCGCUAGCCUAUACUUGUAACUUUGUAGGCAUGUGCUGCAUCAGAAUCUCAUGUUCUCUUCUGCUUUAUCAUGGUUUGAACAAUGUGCGUAAUUCAAGUCCAUAUUAUACAGUAUAAUACAAUACAGUAAUACAGUUCACACGAUUAGCCUACUGGAGCUAGUCUCAUUUAUUUACCCAAGAGAGCAUAUAGCUAGCUACAUCUAUGGGCUUUUAUGUUUUUCUGUCGUGCGUAAUGUGCAGUAGCCUUCUGGUAUUGGCGGGAAAUACCGGGUUACCUGGGAGAAAAGUGAUUUUAUUCAUGAGAUGGAACAUUUGUGAAAUACCAGUAAAAUAUUCAACCAGAUAUUGACUGGUUUUCUGAUCCACGCCCCUACCUUUUAAGGUAUCUGUGACAGACAGAUGCAUAUCUGUAUUCCCAGUCAUGUGAAAUCCAUAGAUUAGGGCCUAAUUAAAUUAUUUCAAUGUACUUUUAUGAACUGUAUCUCAGUAAAAUCGUUGAAAUUGUUGCAUGUUGCGUUUUUAUAUUUACAUUGGACCCUAGAGGCACACUAUAUACAAAAGGUACUUGAACAGUGUUAAGUUCAGUAUUUUAUUUAUAUAUAUAUAUAUAUAUAUAUACUGCUCAAAAAAAUAAAGGGAACACUUAACACAAUGUAACUUCAAGUCAAUCACACUUCUGUGAAAUCAAACUGUCCACUUAGGAAGCAACACUGAUUGACAAUACAUUUCACAUGCUGUUGUGCAAAUGGAAUAGACAACAGGUGGAAAUUAUAGGCAAUUAGCAAGACACCCCCCAAUAAAGGACUGGUUUUGCAGGUGGUGACCACAGACCACUUCUCAGUUCCUGUGCUUCCUGACUGAUGUUUUGGUCACUUUUGAAUGCUGGCGGUGCUGUCACUCUAGUGGUAGCAUGAGACGGAGUCUACAACCCACACAAGUGGCUCAGGUAGUGCAGCUCAUCCAGGAUGGCACAUCAAUGCGAGCUGUGGCAAGAAGGUUUGCUGUGUCUGUCAGCGUAGUGUCCAGAGCAUGGAGGCGCUACCAGGAGACAGGCCAGUACAUCAGGAGACGUGGAGGAGGCCGUAGGAGGGCAACAACCCAGCAGCAGGACUGCUACCUCCGCCUUUGUGCAAGGAGGAGCAGGAGGAGCACUGCCAGAGCCCUGCAAAAUGACCUCCAGCAGGCCACAAAUGUGCAAUAGUAUGCUCAAACGGUCAGAAACAGACUCCAUGAGGGUGGUAUGAGGGCCCGACGUCCACAGGUGGGGGUUGUGCUUACAGCCCAACACCGUGCAGGACGUUUGGCAUUUGCCAGAGAACACCAAGAUUGGCAAAUUCGCCACUGGCGCCCUGUGCUCUUCACAGAUGAAAGCAGGUUCACACUGAGCACGUGACAGAGUCUGGAGACGCCGUGGAGAACGUUCUGCUGCCUACAACAUCCUCCAGCAUGACCGGUUUGGUGGUGGGUCAGUCAUGGUGUGGGGUGGCAUUUCUUUGGGGGGCCGCACAGCCCUCCAUGUGCUUGCCAGAGGUAGCCUGCUUGCCAGAGGUAGCCAUCCACCAACGCCACGUUGCACCAUGCUUUAGUCCAGGUCUGGGAGGAGAUCCCUCAGGAGACCAUCCGCCACCUCAUCAGGAGCAUGCCCAGGCGUUGUAGGGAGGUCAUACAGGCACGUGGAGGCCACACACACUACUGAGCCUCAUUUUGGCUUGUUUUAAGGACAUUACAUCAAAGUUGGAUCAGCCUGUAGUGUGGUUUUCCACUUUCAUUUUGAGGGUGACUCCAAAUCCAGACCUCCAUGGGUUGAUACAUUUGAUUUCCAUUGAUGAUUUUUGUGUGAUUUUGUUGUCAGCACAUUCAACUAUGUAAAGAAAAAAGUAUUUAAUAAGAUUAUUUCAUUCAUUCAGAUUUAGGAUGUGUUAUUUUAGUGUUCCCUUUAUUUUUUUGAGCAGUGUAUAUAUAAAACACAGAAAUCAGUUUACGUAAAGAAAGAAAAUUGAGAAAAACUGGAGCAAAAAGCCCUGUUUUCUAGUCGGAUCUCACUCCAUCAUCAAAGUACUUCUCUAGUUGUAUUAACCCAUUCCUCUGUGCGCCAUUUUGACCUUCCAGGAUCGCGUGAUGAUCAAUCGCAUGGACAACAUCUGUGAGGCGGUCAUCAAGGGCAAGUGGCCCGCCAACCGCCGCCAGUUCUUCGACAUCCCGGGCCUGUUGCCUGGAUACCCUGGCCCCACGGCGUCCGAAAGCCCCCUGCAGAGGCGGGGCCUGGCCGAGCUGUCGAUGGUGGCGGCUGCUCAGGCGAGCUUCAGCGGCAGCGAGGACCUCACUCUCUCGCCACAGGUUAAUGUAAGUAGUAAAAAAAUAGUUUGUAUAAUGGUUAACAUGGCAUGCAUCUCAGAUGAUUUGUCUUGGGGGAAAAUAAAGUUAUUUAAGUGUAUUCAUACUGAUAUAUAGGAUGAGGUCUGAAAAAUGAAUAUUCCCUUAUUACUACAUAAUUUACUUAAAUCACUUAAUUUCAAACCAGUGUCCCAAUUUUCCACAUUGAUUUUCGUUGUUCUGGUGAUCACAUAAUUCUCAACCCUAUAUUUCCCUCUCCCUCCCUUCCUACCUCCCUCUCUCUCUGUAAAGGAGGAUGCUCUGAGCAUGUCGUUGCCAAAGCAGCGUCGUCGCAGGCGGAGGAAGGUGGAGAUUGAGGCGGAGCGCGCCGCCAAGCGAAGGAACCUGAUGGAUAUGGUGGCCCAGCUCAGAGAGUCUCACCAAGCUGAGUCCCAGAGCCAGGCCAUGGACCUCACCAAGGUAGGGUCUUUAGAAUUUUAUGAAUUAAUUCUAAAUUUAGAAUUACGUAUCACUUUUUAAUUACACUUUUGGGUCAGAGGGGUGUCCUACGAAUCAGGUUUGAGGAGUUAGCGAGGUAACUUUGGUCAACUCUUGAGUUGAACUCGGGAUAAGCAAUCAUAUGAAUGUGCCUCACCUUUCAAUCAAGGUAAAUUCCUAUGGCAAUGAAUCCUUCAGAACUAACCUGCUCCGGGGCAUACUAAUUCAUGCCUAACUCCAUUUUCCUGAAUGAAGUGUCUGAGCUGUGAGUUGAGGACCAAUGAAAUCAGAUUCCCUCCCUCUCGCAAAGAUUGCGCCAUCAUCCCCUUCAUUUGAGGAAGACGACUGACUAAAUAUUGUAUUAAUCAAAUGUUUUUGGUUUUAGGUAUUUUAAAAUUGUAAAAAUAAUUUAUCACGUUAUUUAGUAAUGACCAAAUGCAUUUAAAACUUCACGGGGACAGUAACUUUUAUAUGACAAAUAAGUGUUAUUUUGGUAAAAUUAUUUUAUUGAUAGGAGUGGGGGGAAAAAGGUGCUCAUGCAAAGACUGCAUUAAUGAUACGUAAUAAAAUAAAGACUGCACUUCUAAAAGCUUCUUUGACAUCAUAGCCUGCUGAUUUUGCAAGAUAACUUUUCCUUCAUUUUGGUUUCGGCACAAAUGUAAAUGCAGUACUGACUUGCCUCUGGAUUGAUGUUUCAGAAUUGUCUCAAUGAAGAGUUCAGCAUUCGACUAGCCACGUGCGACAUGCACACGCAGUUACAAGCCUGCUAGAGUUAGCGGCAGGCAGAUUAGCAAUAUCCACCAUCGUAGUACGGAUGAAGCCUGAGCUGGAAUGUGAAGCUAACCGAAGCUGGUUAGCUUUAGAAAACGUUCCAUAUUGCUAAACAUUGGGACAUGUUAUUCUUCUCCAGGGCAUGCACCACCACCACAAGUCAGGCAUCGUCCCUGGCGGGCUACUCCAGCAGCAGCAUGGUGCCUUCUGCUACCCUCAAGGCUCAGAUGGAGCUGCUGCAGGCGGCCACGCCUUCCAGACAUAGGGCCAAUGGCUCAUUGGCCGAGGCUGACCUGCCCACCCGGAGGAGGCGAGGCCGCAGGAAAAAUGUGGAGGGGCUGGAGCUCCUGUUCAUCAACAACAAGAGAGGAGCCACGGUACGGAACACGGUCACUAACAGUCACUACGGAAAUACAUUUUGUUAAUUUAUUAAAGGUCCAAUUCAGCUGUUUUUAUCUCGAUAUCAUAUGGUUUCUGGGUAACAAUUAAGUACCGUACUGUGAUUGUGUUCAAUUAAAAUGGUCAAAAAGAAACAAAAAUAGCUUAUUGGCAAAGAGCAAUUUCUUAAGCAAGAAUUUUGCUCGGACUAUCUGGGAAUUUUCUGAGUUGGAAGGGGAAAACUAGCUGUUAUUGGCUGUUAUAAGGUUUUGAACUCUUCCUUAUUGGUCUACUAACUAAUUUACCGGUCAAAACUCCAUCCCAUCAAAACGGGUAUUUUUAAACAGCUCUUUUUAUUUUAUUUAUAUGUAUAUAUACAUACAUACAGUGCAUUCGGAAAGUAUUCAAACUCCUUGACUUUUUCCACAUUUUGUUACGUUACGGCCUUAUUCUAAAAUGGAUUCAAUUGUUUUUUCCCCUCAUCAAUCUACAUACAAUACCCCAUAAUGACAAAGCAAAAACAGGUUUUUAGAUUUUUUUUGCUAAUUUAUCAAAUAAAAAAAACCUGAUGUCACAUUUACAUAAGUAUUCAGACCCUUUACUCAGUACUUUGUUGAAGCACCUUUGGCAGUGAUUACAGCCUCGAGUCUUCUUGGGUAUGACGCUACAAGCUCUGUCAAAUUGGAUGGGGUGAAUCGCUGCACAGCUAUUUUCAGGUAUCUCCAGAGAUGUUCAAUUCUGAGCUCUGACUGGGCCACUCAAGGACAUUCUGAGACUUGUCCCGAAGCCACUCCUGCAUUGUCUUGGCUGUGUGCUUAGGGUCGUUGUCCUGUUGGAAGGUGAAUCUUCACCCCAGUCUGAGGUUUUCAUCAAGGAUCUCUCUGUCCGUUAAUCUUUCCCUCGAUCCUGACUAGUCUCCUAGUCCCUGAGCUGAAAAACAUACCCACAGCAUGAUGCUGCCACCACCAUGCUUCACUGUAGGGAUAGUGCCAGGUUUCCUCCAGACGUGACGCUUGGCAUUCAGGCCAAAGAGUUUCAAUCUUGGUUUCAUCAGACCAGAGAAUCUUGUAAAUCUGUGAAAUUAUCUGGAUUUUUACAAAUUAUCUUUGAAAGACAGGGUCCUGAAAAGGGGACGUUUCUUUUUUUGCUGAGUUUACAUUUUACUGAUACAGUAUAUUUAAAAAUUGUUAUCUUUUGUUUGUUUUUAGUCCAACCUUCAGCUCCACUCAACCAGCUCUUACGCCAGAGUUUCCCAAACUCUAUCCUGGGUGCACUUUUUUCCCACCACUACACAGCUGACUCAACUAAUCAUCAAACUUUGAUUAUUUGAAUCAGCUGUGUAGUUCUAGGGCAAAAACCAAAACGUUCACCCUUUGGGUUCCCCAGGACAGAGUUUGGGAAACGCUGUUUACACCAAAAGGCAUAAUCAUAAUUUUCAACAAUUUCACAGUAUUAACCUCCAUAAUGUGGAAAAAAAUAUAUAUAUAUAAAACACAGGAAAUCCUGGUUUUCACACACUGUUGCUGGUAUUUUGGCCCAUUCCUCCAUGCAGAUCUCCUCUAGAGCAGUGAUGUUUUGGGGCUGUCGCUGGGCAACACAGACUUUCAACUCCCUCCAAAUAUUUUCUAUGGGGUUGAGAUCUGGAGACUGGCUAGGCCACUCCAGGACCUUGAAAUGCUUCUUACGAAGCCACUCCUUCGUUGCCCGGGCGGUGUGUUUGGGAUCAUUGUCAUGCUGAAAGACCCAGCCACGUUUCAUCUUCAAUGCCCUUGCUGAUGGAAGGAGGGUUUCACUCAAAAUCUCACGAUACAUGGCCCCAUUCAUUCUUUCCUUUACACGGAUCAGUCGUCCUGGUCCCUUUGCAGAAAAACAGCCCCAAAGCAUGAUGUUUCCAACCCCAUGCUUCACAGUAGGUAUGGUGUUCUUUGGAUGCAACUCAGCAUUCUUUGUCCUCCAAACAUGACGAGUUGAGUUUUUACCAAAAAGUUAUAUUUUGGUUUCAUCUGACCAUAUGACAUUCUCCCAAUCCUCUUCUGGAUCAUCCAAAUGCACUUCAGACGGGCCUGGACAUGUACUGGCUUAAGCAGGGGGACACGUCUCGCACUGCAGGAUUUGAGUCCCUGGCAGCGUAGUGUGUUACUGAUGGUUGGCUUUGUUACUUUGGUCCCAGCUCUCAGCAGGUCAUUCACUAGGUCCCCCCGUGUGGUUCUGGGAUUUUUGCUCACCGUUCUUGUGAUCAUUUUGACCCCACGGGGUGAGAUCUUGCAUGGAGCCCCAGAUCGAGGGAGAUUAUCAGUGGUCUUGUAUGUCUUCCAUUUCCUAAUAAUUGCUCCCACAGUUGAUUUCUUCAAACCUAGCUGCUUACCUGUUGCAGAUUCAGUCUUCCCAGCCUGGUGCAGGUCUACAAUUUUGUUUUUGGUGUCCUUUGACAGCUCUUUGGUCUUGGCCAUUGUGAAGUUUGGAGUGUGACUGUUUGAGGUAGUGGACAGGUGUCUUUUAUACUGAUAACAAGUUCAAACAGGUGCCAUUAAUACAGGUAACGAGUGGAGGACAGAGGAGCCUCUUAAAGAAGAAGUUACAGGUCUGUGAGAGCCAGAAAUCUUGCUUGUUUGUAGGUGACCAAAUACUUAUUUUCCACCAUAAUUUGCAAUAAAUUCAUUAAAAAUCCUACAAUGGGAUUUUCUGGAUUUUUUUUUCUCAAUUUGUCUGUCAUAGUUGACGUGUACCUAUGAUGAAAAUUACAGGCCUCUCUCAUCUUUUUAAGUGGGAGAACUUGCACAAUUGGUGGCUGACUAAAUACUUUUUUGCCCCACUGUAUAUAUAAAUAUAAAACACAGGAAAUCAUGUUUCUGACUGCACUGGACCUUUAAUAAAUAGUUAUAAAGCACCUGAUGGGCAUAGGUUCAACGGGAAAAAGUCUGAUGUGAAGUUAAAGUUUAAUAAAAUGUCAAAUGAGCACGGGUCUGCCUGGGAUAAGGGGAUAUCUCAAUUAGACUAACCUACAUUUAAAUAAAAGUUUGAUUGGACUUUGAUAAAAUGUAAUACAAAUCAAACUAUAGGAGGAUUCCGAGGGGACCAAAGCAUCGGUGGAGGGGGUGCAGAUGCCCCCGCGUUCCCACCGCCACAACAUUCCCAGUCCCAGCGCCUCCGCCCGCGUCCCUUCUGUCAGCGCUAUGGAGGACGGGGAAGCUGGUACCCCCUCUGACAAGGACCUGAGGGACUGGCUCAGACAGCACCCCACAUACACCAUGGACAUGCCUACUGCAUACACACCAGUAUGUACUUAAACAAAAUGGAAUACAGUAUAGUUGUUUAUCAGAUGUCCCUAUCCAGUAAAACUAUCCCAUCAAUGUGGAAUAUGAGCAUAUCCCCUACCUUCAACCCCCUGUUCCCUUUCCUAAAUCAACUCUUACACCACCCUUUCAGUGAUUCAAAUAUGGUUACAAAAUAUAACAUUUAGCUAUUCUAUUUCAUAACGGUUGUAGUAUAUAAUGAAGUAUUCAAGAAUUUCAUGCCUUGCCCUGUUGUGAUUCCAACCCCUGUCCACUCUCCCUUGUCUGUCUCUCUGUAGAAGAGUGAGGAGUUGCUUCUCUCCUCCCAGUUCCCCAAACCCAAGCAGAAGCGGCACCGCUGCCGGAACCCCAACAAGAUCGACAUCAACACUCUCACUGGAGAAGAGCGGGUUCCCGUGGUCAACCGGAGAAACGGCAGAAAGGUAUGGGUUCAUUUCAGUACAAAUCAAAUUAGCUUUGUCACAAAUGCAUUGGUCACCGUUUGGCAACUAUUUCAAACACCUAAUUUAGCCUUUCAUAGCAAAACUGAAGGUAUUGCUAUCUUGUAAACCAUUUUGUUCCUCUCUUUUUUCCAGAUGGGUGGAGCCAUGGCCCCUCCCAUGAAGGAACUGCCCAGAUGGCUCCUGGAGAACCCAGAGUUUGCCAUCGCUCCUGAUUGGACCGACAUUGUCAAGCAAUCGGUGAGUCUCUUGUCAUUCACCCAUUUAGCCCUCAAAUGAUUCCAAUCAGCACUUGUUUUAGAUUUUAACCUUAUCUGUUGGAAACGGAUGUUUGAGGAGAAAUUGUUGCCGAAUCGCAAAAUUGUCAUUGACAGCCAUGAGUGACUUCUAACUAACCACGGUCUCCUCCCCCAUUCCACAGGGCUUCCUCCCUGAGGCCAUGUUCGACCGUCUCCUGACUGGGCCCGUGGUGCGUGAGGAGGGCGUCCGUCGUCGGGGGAGACGCCCCAAAUCAGAGAUUGCCAAGGCGACGGUGGCUGCCGCGGCAGCUCAGGCCCAGGCUGCAUCCUCCAGCGGCCUGAACCCCUUGCUGAUGAACGGCCUGUUUGGAGGCAUGGACAUCACCAGCCUGCAGGGCCUACAGAGCUUCCAGAGUCUUCAGCUGCAGCUCAUGGGCUUCCCCGGCAUGGGGGGGACUGACGCUAAACACGCCUCGGCCAUGCUGCCUCUCAUGCUGCCUGGUAUGGCUGGUAUGGGCGGCCUGCCAAACAUGUUCGGCCUGGGAGGCCUGUUCGGAAACAACCUGGCCGCUGCCUCGGCUGCAGCCACGCCCGCUGCAGCCUCCAAUGGCACCAACGACGAGGGCGAUUCAGACGAGAUGUCGAAGAGAGACGAAGGGGAGGGCGGAGAAGAGGGGGAUGAGGACAAGGAGAAGGACACUGGGGUGGAGGCGGAGUCGAGCAAGGCUAAUGGGGACGCCGCGGCUCUGAACGCAGCCGCCGCCGCAAUGGCCGCCUCCGGCAUGUCGGCCAACUCCCUGGCCUUCAACCCCUUCCUGCUAUCCACCAUGGCCCCUGGGCUCUUUUCCCCCUACAUGUUCCUGCCCCCUGGCCUGGGAGGUCUCACCAUGCCUGGCUUCCCCCCCACCACCCUGGCCGACCUGCAGAGCGCCAUGGCUGGAGCCAUGGGGGCUGCUUCUGGAGCUCAGGGCCAGGAGAAGGAGCCCAGCCAGGCUGGCCUUGCCCCGGACCGCCCUGCCGCCGCUACCGCAGACCCAGAGACAGCCGAAGACAGCGACUCAGCAGAGAGUCUGGAGAAGACGGCCGAGUCGUCAGCCCUAGAAGACGAGGCCUCUGCAUUGGCUGAGGAAGCCGACUCGCCGGAAGACCUAGCGGCCGAGGAUGAGGAGGAAGGAGAGGAUGCCCCUGAGGAGAAGAGUGACGGAAACUAACUGGCCUUUGACAUUUCCCCCCAAUCCUCUACUGCCCCCCCCCCCCUCCCACCCCGAGUGCUCUCAUGACACGUUUACACACCAACUUGAUCCAAAUUAGUUUUUUCUUUUUUGUUUUAUGUCUUUGUUUCUUUUACAGGUAAGAAUGGAAAUCAGGGAGAGUAUACGUAACUAAAAGGCUCUCACUGUAGCGUUAAUAGCGUAGUCAGGGAAAAA